GAGAAGAGUGACUUCAAAAUGACCACUAACACGCCGUGCACGCAUCUCACACAUAUACAACCCCGAGCACAGUAAACACCACAUGCACAGCAGGCGAGGAUAGGCCUCUUUGCAAUGCUGCUUUUAAGACACUUGACGGAUAGAACAACCCUGCUCUGUGGCUGCUCUCCCUCCCCUUUUCUCUUUCUCUCUCUCUGUCUCUUUAAUACACUCUCUCUCUCACACACACAAAUCAGAGAGGUGUUCACUCAUUCCCUUGGAGUUCGCUGCACAGGACGAGCCAGCGCUCAGUGCUCUCUGUCUUCAUACGCAGCUCAGAGAUAAGAAAUUUGCCGACAGUGUUAAAAAUGGUCCACACCACUGAGGACUACUACGAUUUUGACGAGAAUGAAAACAUCAGCGGGAACUUUUCCUAUGAGGACUACCAAACUGUCUGCCAGAAGGAUGACAUCCGUGCCUUCGCGCAGAUCUUCUUACCGGUCAUGUACGGGUUAUGUCUUGUAGUAGGCAUAGCUGGAAAUGUCCUGGUGGUGGGCGUGUAUGCUUAUAGCAAACGCCUGAAGACGCUGACGGACGUCUUUGUGGUUCACCUGGCCGUGGCCGACCUGCUCCUGCUGCUGACCCUGCCUUUCUGGGCCACUGCUGCCGUGCAAGGCUGGGAGCUUGGGGCUUUUCUCUGCAAGUUGGUCACUGCCAUGUAUACCAUCAACUUCACGUGUAGCAUGCUGCUGCUAGCCUGCAUUAGCCUGGAUCGUUACUUGGCGAUAACACCGGAACUUAGGGAAAAGAACCUGGGCAAGAUUUUCAGAAGGAACCACACAGUCAAGCUCUGCCUUGCGGUGUGGACCAUUGCGCUGCUUCUAGGGAUUCCAGACUUGGUCCUGUCCACAGUCAAGACCUUCUCUGAGAGGAAGAUGUGCAUGGCUGUGUAUCCGUCAGACAUGGCCUUCCAAACUAAGAUCAGUAUGGAAGUACUGGAGGUGCUUCUCAGCUUUCUUGUUCCGUUGAUGGUGAUGUUGUACUGUUAUACCCAUGUGGUUCGGACCCUGCUGAAGCUGCCUCCAGAGAACCGUGGGAAGAGGUGGCGAGCCAUUCGAGUGCUGUUAGCCGUGGUCUUAGCAUUUGUCCUCACACAGCUUCCCUACAAUGUGGUAAAGUUCUGCCGAGUGCUGGACGUGGCGCAUGCCCUGGUGACCCACUGUGGUGUCAGUAAAGCACUGGACCGGGCCGCUCAGAUCACAGAGACUUUCGCUCUGUUCCACUGCUGUUUGAACCCCGUACUCUACGUCUUUAUCGGCUUGUCCUUCAGACAGCGUGUGCUGAAGGUCGCCAAGAGCUUCGGCCAGAGGAGGAGGUCGAGACAGAGGAGAGAAGAUCAAGGAGUAGAGAUCUCCUUCAAUACACACUCAAACUCCCAGCACACAAGCACCUUCUCCAUAUGAGUAUACCAAAGAGAGACAUACUUCUUUUUAUCCUGUAAAUUUAAGCAGAGUAUUUCGUUUAUUUGGCUUAAGUCAGUUCACAAGUUUUAUGUUGCUGUUGUUGAUACACAUAUUGAAGCUAACAGAGAAUGUUAUAAGAAUGUUUAGCAAUUUUUAAAAAAUGUUUUAGAAAGGUUAGCUGUUCACAUAAGCAAAAUAAUGUUACAGGAAGAUUCUGAAAACGUGAAAUAUAAUAAUGCUAGACGAAUACUAACAUCAUGGAAAUGUUAACAGUAACAUUCCCAAAACGAAAAAUUCAACAUUGACGCAAGUGACGUUGCAGAAACGCCACCAGAGCAUUUAAAAACAUUAAACAAACUUUUAAAUAACAUCCAGAAAACUUGACAGAUUUAACAUUCAUAGAACAUUAACUGUAACGUUCAGAAAACAUUUUACUAGCCUUUUUUUUUUUUUAAAAGACCAGUCUCCUAUCUUUAUGAAUUAAGGAGGCUAAAGUACUUGAAACUGAAGGUUGAAUUACCAUUUUAAAACCAUAUUUUAAAUCACUGAUAGAAUCUGAUAAAAAAAAUCUAAUAAAUAGUUUGUAGCUCAACAGCAGCUCAAUAAUGGCUCAAUAAUACACAAAAAACAUGAUUUUGUGUACCUUGGAUUGUUCAAAGUGUACUAUACUGAGUGUUCAAACUGUAAAUGUUUAAAUUUGAAUGCGAGUACUGGUUACACCAUUUAGUUAUAAGUUUCUUACUUAAACCUUACUUAAACAAUCUAGGGACAGAAUUAUCCAACAUCUGCCAAUAUCUGUGCUUAUGUUUAUGCUAAGCAAGCUAGCAAUCUGACAUGUUAGAUUGUUGGCUAUAGCCUCCGUGCACAAGAUGACGCCAUUCUACUUCCAGCCUUUGAGGGUGUGAGUUAAAAGUUCUGGAUAAAGCACUUCCGUAGUUUGAGAAUUGAUACCAACACGAAGAGAUAGCGAGCUAGUAGGACAUAAUGAGUGCAUCCAGUACCACUUUGUCACGCUAUAAUGCCAAGAUAAGUUUUCGCAAAUUUCCUGUUGACACUGCACUGCAUGCUAAGUGGCUAACUAUGAUCCGUAGGGACAAGUUCACUCCAACAGUGAACCUCCAUGUGUGUAGCCAGUGUUUAUCAGCUGUACACCCCAGUUACCUUGGCACUGCUUUUUAAGCAUAUAAUUAUCCAAUAUGUUUUUUUUUUACUGUUUUUAUAUGGUACAGUCAAAUGAAAAAGUUUGGGCACCCCUAUUUAUCUUAACCAUUUUUAGUUCUAAAUAUUUGGGUGUUUGCAACAGCAAUUUCAGUUUGAUAUAUCUAAUAACUGAUGGAUACAGUAAUAUUUCAGGAUUGAAAUGAGGUUUAUUGUACCAACAGAAAAUGUGCAAUAUGCAUUAAACCAAAAUUUGACCGGUGCAAAAGUAUGGGCACCCUUAUCAUUUUAUUAAUUUGAAUACUCCUAACUACUUUUUACUGACUUACUGAAGCACAAAAUUGGUUUGGUAACCUCAUUGACCUUUGAACUUCAUAGCCAGGUGUAUCCAAUCAUGAGAAAAGGUAUUUAAGGUGGACAAUUGCAAGUUGUUCUCCUAUUUGAAUCUCCUCUGAAGAGUGGCAUCAUGGGCUCAUCAAAACAACUCUCAAAUGAUCUAAAAACAAAGAUUGUUCAACAUAGUUGUUCAGGGGAAGGAUACAAAAAGUUGUCUCAGAGAUUUAACCUGUCAGUUUCCACUGUGAGGAACAUAGUAAGGAAAUGGAAGACCACAGGGACAGUUCUUGUUAAGCCCAGAAGUGGCAGGCCCAGAAAAAUAUCAGAAAGGCAGAGAAGAAGAAUGGUGAGAACAGUCAAGGACAAUCCACAGACCACCUCCAAAGAGCUGCAGCAUCAUCUUGCUGCAGAUGGUGUCACUGUGCAUCGGUCAACAAUACAGUGCACUUUGCACAAGGAGAAGCUGUAUGGGAGAGUGAUGCGAAAGAAGCCAUUUCUGCAAGCACGCCACAGACAGAGUCGCCUGAGGUGUGCUUUUGUCCAUCAGUUAUUAGAUAUAUCAAACUGAAAUGGCUGUUGCAAACACCCAAAUAUUUAGAACUAAAAAUGAUUAAGAUUAAUAGGGGUGCCCAAACUUUUUCAUAUGACUGUAUAUAUAUAUCAUUUGUACUGUAGUAUUGUGUAAAAAUGUAUUAUAUUUUCUUCUUUAUUGGUGUUUAUUUUUGUGAUUUUACCGUACAUGAUUGCCAUCUUGCUAACUACACCAAAAUGUAGAAUCUUUGUCAUCAAAAAUCUUUCAGUUCAGCUUUAGUCACGACCAUUUCACAAGACAAAACAAACUGCAAAUAUCUGCACAUUAUCAACCAAUGAAAUGUGUUUAAUAUCUCAGAUGUUUAGAUAAAUGACUCACAACAGGAACUAAAAGAAACAGGAUGGGUCACAUACAAUUCUGCUCUGCAUUGCACUUAACUAAACAGUUAAAGAAUAGAAUCAUGAGAAAAAAAGGGUUACAUAAAACUAGUUUUUUCACACUUCAUGAACAAGAGCCUUUUUUGACAUUUGAGAGCAGCAAAAGAGUUUAUAUACUGUAUUUUUCACACUAUAAGCACCAGAUUUUCUGGUCUAUUUUCACGCAUUAGGUGUCGCCAUAUUUUCCUUCCUUCUAAUCUAACGCUGGAUGCUAAUCUACAGACAG